AUGGCGCGGCUACUGGAAUCGAAGAAAGCUUUCAAUGCCGAAGUGAAUCAGUACGAGCACAACAGCCCUACUCUUGGAUGCGUCAUGAAGUUCUCUGUGAUCAACGGAGGAAGCGGGAGUGACGAAAAGCUCCCGGUCAUCUACUGGCUGAGUGGGCUGACCUGCUCGGAUCGGAACUUCAUCGAGAAAGCAGGAGCAUUCAGAGCAGCUGUUGAAAACCGUGUCAUCAUCGUGUGUCCUGACACGAGCCCGAGGGGUGUCGACAUCGAGGGAGACAGCGAGAGUUGGGAUUUCGGCAAGGGAGCUGGAUUCUACUUGAAUGCGACUCAGCCGAAAUGGGCUGCGAACUACAAGAUGUACGAUUACGUAACAAAUGAGCUCAUGGAGAUUAUCGAGCAGACUGUGAAGACCAACGGCAAGAAGGCCAUCAUGGGCCAUUCCAUGGGCGGCCAUGGAGCUCUUACCAUCGCUCUGCGAAACCCAGGAGUUUACACAUCAGUGUCUGCCUUCGCUCCCAUCUGCAAUCCUAUGCAGUGCCCGUGGGGAAACAAGGCUUUCACAGGAUACCUCGGAGACGACCAGGAACAGUGGAAGGCUUAUGAUGCUACGGAGCAGAUGAAGGGCAUGAAAGCUGCUCCCUUCGACGACAUCUUGAUUGAUGUAGGGGACAAGGACAAUUUCCUGACAGCCGGGCAGUUGCUGCCGGAGAACUUCAAGGCUGCCUGUGACCAGGUCGGUCAGAAAUGCAGUCUCCGCAUGCAGCCAGGUUACGAUCACAGUUAUUUUUUCAUCGCCACUUUCAUUGAGGAUCACAUCAAGUUCCACAAGCAGAGGCUUGCUAACUGA